AUGGCAUCACUUUCACAGGAAAUCGUCCUCGCUAGCUCUCCAGAUGGCACCAUUACCGCCUUUGAUGCUUCCUCCGGCACUGCUUUGGGUCACUUCACUGGUAGCCAAUCACCACGAAAAGGCCUAACUGUCAUUGGAACCAACCUCAUCGCCGCUGCUCAUGUUUCCCCUGACACUGCUUCAGGCUCCAUUCAUCUCUACAACUGGUGGUCUCCAACACCCUCCCACCACCUCCCUGUAUCUGAGCCGGUGGGUCCACUUGCCGCCACUUUUGACGGCUUUUUCCUGUUUGCCGGUGGCAUUUCAGGCCAAAACCAUGCACUAUCACUCCCUUCAGGUGAUCUAAUCCAAACAUUCUCUGCUCACAACAACAAACCCGUAUCUUGUCUUAAAAUCAACGAUGAUGGUUCGCUUCUGUUCUCCGGAGGUGAUGAUGGAACCAUUGCAGUUUUUCCAAUCUUUAAACUCCUAGAUAUUUCAUCUGACAAGUCAAACGAAGUUGUAAUGCAUCGCUUCAUUGGGCAUGAAUCUGCGGUCACUUCUAUCACGGCAGGAAUUGGAAGAUCCAAUAGCACUAUCAUUUCUUGCUCCUUAGACUGCACUUGUAAGUUCUGGAACCUCGCGCACGGGGCCCCCCUGUGUACGAUUACAUUCCCGUGUAUGAUUUGGGGGGUGGAAAUGGAUUCCAUGGAAUCCGAAUUCUUUGUUGCCGGAUCAGACGGUUUUUUGUACAGUGGAGCACUAAAGGGAGGAAACAGAAACAUGGUAAAACAAGGGCAGAAAUUAGUCAAAUGGGAGCAGAAACAUUAUGGAGCAGUCGUGGGCUUGGCAAUGACGAAUGGGCGACGAAAUCUGGUCACUGCUUCGGAAAAUGGAAGCAUUUGGAUUUGGGAUGCAGAGAGAAAAGAGGUGGUUAGGGUUCUUGGUGGAGAAAUGGGAAGCAUUAGUGAACUUGUCGUCGCGAAAGGUUUUGGAUUAGGCGAUGGUAACAGUGAAGUUAAUGGAUGGAGUUCGGAGUUUUCCAGUAGAGAAGUGAGUAGGCCAGUAAGGGAGGUGAUGGAGAUGGAAAAGGUGUUGGGUGUAUUGGAAGAGGAUAGGAGCAAAGCCAUUGAUACACUUGGAUCAGCAAUUGAAGCUCAUGAGAAAUUAUUGGGACUUAUUCUCAAAGAAGCCAAAAUGGGAAGUAAUUGUGAAAACAGUGAUGAAGAGGAAGAUGACAUUUGAACA